UUGUUUUUCCAGAAUAAACAACCAGGAUAUUUAAUAAAGAACAGUGUUAAACUGCUGAAAGAGGUGAAGCACAAGCCAUCCAGAAGAAUCUCCUGAAAACGCAGAAAUUGUUUGCUACAUUUCACAGACAGAUGGAGCCAAGUCCCAACAUGGAGAAACAUCAGCACUCUGUCAAGAGUUUUACUAAACAGAGUGAUCUCAAAAAACACCAGCGCAUUCACACAGGAGAGAAACCGUAUCACUGCUCAGACUGUGGGAAGAGUUUUAAUCAACAGAGUAGUCUCAAAAAUCACCAGCGCAUUCACACAGGAGAGAAACCGUAUCACUGUUCAGACUGUGGGAAGAGUUUUACUAAACAGAGUAAUCUCAAACUGCAUCAGCGCAUUCACACAGGAGAGAAACCGUAUUACUGUUUCGACUGUGGGAAGAGUUUUACUCAACAGAGUACUCUCAAAAUACACCAACGCAUUCACACAGGAGAGAAACCGUAUCACUGCUCAGACUGUGGAAAGAGUUUUACUGAACAGAGUACUCUCAAAAUACACCAACGCAUUCACACAGGAGAGAAACCGUAUUACUGCUCCGAUUGUGGGAAGAGUUUUACUGAACAGAGUAGUCUUAAACUGCACCAGCGCAUUCACACAGGAGAGAAACCGUAUCACUGCUCAGACUGUGGGAAGAGUUUUACUAAACAGAGUACUCUCAAAAAUCACCAGCGCAUUCACACAGGAGAGAAACCGUAUUACUGUUUCGACUGUGGGAAGAGUUUUAAUCAACAGAGUAAUCUCAAACUGCAUCAGCGCAUUCACACAGGAGAGAAACCACAUCACUGCUCAGACUGUGGGAAGAGUUUUAAUCAACAGAGUAACCUCAAAAAACACCAGCGCAUUCACACAGGAGAGAAACCGUAUCACUGCUCAGACUCUGGGAAGAGUUUUACUGAAUAGAGUCAUCUCAAACUGCACCAGCGCAUUCACACAGGAGAAAAACCGUAUCACUGUUCAGACUGUGGAAAGAGUUUUACUAAACAGAGUAGUCUCAAACUGCAUCAGCGCAUUCACACAGGAGAGAAACCGUAUCACUGUUUCGACUGUGGGAAGAGUUUUACUACACAGAGUAAUCUCAAAAUACACCAGCGCAUUCACACAGGAGAGAAACCGUAUCACUGCUCAGACUGUGAUAAGUGUUUUACUACACAGAGUAAUCUCAAAAUACACCAGCGCAUUCACACAGGAGAAAAACCGUAUCACUGUUUCGACUGUGGGAAGAGUUUUACUACACAGAGUAAUCUCAAAAUACACCAGCGCAUUCACACAGGAGAGAAACCGUAUUACUGCUCAGACUGUGGUAAGUGUUUUACUACACAGAGUCAUCUCAAACUGCACCAGCGCAUUCACACAGGAGUGAAACCGUAUCACUGUUCAGACUGUGGGAAGAGUUUUACUUUACAGAGUGAACUUAUAUUACAUCAGUGCAUUCACAAAAGAUAGAAAAGUAUCCCAAAUCUGUUCCUCUGCCAUAAAAAAUGCAAACCUUAAAUCUUUCAGACAGCCAAAAACACCUCAUCAUGCACAAAAUCUUCACUCUGUUACAAGAACUUCAUUUAAAAAUGGCUUUUUACAGGUUCAG